CUCCUUUCUCUCUCUAAAUUUCUCUUUCUCUCUCUAAAUUUUUCUCUCUGUCUUGCCGAGCUUCUCUUCCUCUCCAUUGUGACGACUCCUCUCUCUCGACUUAUAUCUGUCUCUGCAAGUUCUCAGCCAUGGCGGAUGGUCACCUCUUCAACAAUAUCCUUCUUGGGGGCCGUGGUGGAACUAAUCCAGGGCAACUCAGAAUUCACUCUGGUGGUAUUGUUUGGCGAAAGCAAGGCGGUGGAAAGGUUGUUGAAGUCGGAAAAUCAGAUUUAGUGGGUGUAAGCUGGAUGAAGGUUCCCAAGAGUUAUCAGCUUGGUGUUAGGAUUAAGGCUGGGCUAGUCUAUAAAUUUAUUGGCUUUCGUGAACAGGAUGUCAAUAACUUGAAUAGUUUUAUUUCAAACACUCUUGGGAUAACGCCCCAGGAGAAACAGCUGUCUGUCAGUGGUCGCAACUUUGGAGAGAUUGAGUUAAAUGGGAAUAUGCUAACAUUUCUGGUGGGUUCAAAGCAAGCAUUUGAAGUGUCUUUAGCAGAUGUGUCGCAAACGCAACUACAGGGAAAAAAUGAUGUCUCCCUUGAGUUUCAUGUAGAUGAUACGACUGGAGCAAAUGAGAAGGAUUCUUUGGUGGAGUUGGCCUUUCAUAUACCUAACAGCAAUACGACUUUUGUUGGGGAUGAAACUCGCCCUCCUGCACAGGUCUUCCGCGAUAAAAUUAUGUCCAUGGCAGAUGUUGGUCCAUCUGGUGAAGAAGCUGUUGUGACCUUUGAUGGGAUCGCUGUACUUACACCAAGAGGGCGCUACACUGUUGAGCUUCAUAUUUCAUUCUUCCGCCUCCUUGGGCAAGCCAAUGAUUUCAAGAUUCAGUAUAGCAGUGUUGUUCGUCUUUUUGUGCUGCCAAAGUUCAAUCAACCUCAUACUUUCGUCAUCAUUACUCUUGACCCACCUAUUAGAAAAGGACAAACAUUAUACCCACAUAUUGUUUUACAGUUUGAAACAGAAUAUGUGGUUGAAAGCACGCUGUCUAUUUCUGAAGAUCUCUUGAGCACAAAGUACAAGGACCGACUGGAAGCAUCAUAUAAGGGAUUAUUGUAUGACGUCUUCACGGCUAUUUUGCGUGGCUUAUCCGGUGCAAAAUUAACACGACCGGGGAAAUUCCGUAGCUGUCAAGAUGGAUAUGCAGUGAAAUCAUCAUUGAAAGCUGAAGACGGUAUCUUAUAUCCUCUUGAAAAGAGCUUUUUCUUCCUGCCUAAGCCUCCAACUCUCAUACUACAUGAUGAGAUUGAAUGCCUUGAGUUUGAGAGGCAUGGUGCUGGUGGGUCAAGUAUCUCGUCCCAUUAUUUUGAUCUUCUCGUGAGGCUUAAAAACGAGCAAGAACAUCUGUUUCGGAAUAUUCAGAGAAACGAGUAUCACAACCUCUUCGAAUUCAUCAACUCAAAGGGAUUGAAGAUCACAAACCUUGGAGAAACACAAGCUACUGGGGGUGUCGCUGCUGUUCUUCAAAACUCUGAUGAUGAUGCUGUUGAUCCACACCUUGAGCGUAUUAAAAAUUCACGAGAUGGAGGUGGUGAUGAAGAAAGCGAUGAAGAGGAUGAGGACUUUGUUGCAGACAAGGAUGAUGGGGGUUCUCCCACUGAUGACUCCGGUGAAGAGGGAUCAGAUGCCAGUGUGAGUGGAGAUGAAGAGAAGCCCAAAAAGGAACUGAAGAAGGAUGCCGUUCCUAAAGCUGCUAGUGUUAAGAGGAAACAAAAGGAUGGCGACGAAGAUGGUUCAAAGAAGAGAAAGCAGCCAAAGAAGAAAAAGGACCCUAAUGCGCCUAAGAGAGCUAUGUCUGGCUUUAUGUUCUUCUCUCAAAGUGAAAGAGAAAAUUUGAAAAAGAACAACCCAGGCAUGUCUUUCACAGAUGUUGGGAGGGCACUUGGGGAUAAGUGGAAAAAGAUGACCAGUGAAGAGAAAGAGCCGUUUGAGGCCAUGGCCCGAGCUGAUUCGAAACGAUACAAGGAAGCAAUGGCUGGUUACAAGAGUGCUCCAACAAACAUCGAUUCUGGGAAUGAAUCUGACAGCGAGUAGACCGACUAAAUUUUCUAUCUCUACUUCGUUUGCUUUUAUUUUUUUCCCCUGGUUUUCUCGAUCUCCUGAAGUUCGUUGUUCUCUUUCUUAAAUUAAUGAAAUGGUGCAUGUCUUUUUUGAUCCAGUGAUGCUUGGCAUGCAUUGUGAAAUGUACCUUAGCCAGACAAAUGUAGGUUGCUCAAUCGAAUCUAUUGUUUUUUUGAAGAGGUGCUUUAUCUUGUC